UUUUUGGUGCCCUUUCUGAGGUGCAAAUGCCUCUUUAAACUGAACUGUAUGCAGACAUCUUCUUGGAACCAGAAAAUGGAAAGCUUUGUCUGAAUACAAAGCUUGGUAAUGGGUCAGGGCAUUCAAAACCAACACAAUCCCAGAAAUUUUGGGACUUAUAGUUGCUACUCUAAGCAAAGUCACCUCAACAGCACAGUAUGAUUACAUUUGAUUUUAAAGCUGCUUAUGACCUUUAUUUCUGUUACUACUAUGAACUUCAGGCAGAAGAAUUCAUUUUUGUGAUGGCUUUGCUUGGAAGUUAGAAAUUUCGUUGGGUGUUUGGGUUGAAUUGCCGAAAUGCUUUUAAAGCAAUGCACUAUGAAAUCACAGAGAAGCAUAAAAUCUUGUCCUUCAGAACUAAAAUUGUAUGUACUUGCAGUGUGGUAAUUAUUGUAGAAAUGGUUUGUGGCUUUAAAGUUAAGAAACUUGCAUAAAUAAUUGUGAGAUGUAACUUGUGUUGGCUGUGUCUGGAUACGUUUUCAGUUUUAACGGUACUGUAGUCUCCUAAAAUAUGAAGGGUUUUAAAAUGAAAGCAAAGGUAUGACAACAUUUAUAUUGCAAGUGGCAGCUAAGUUUUUGCAGUGGUUCUUAAAAUCUAGUCACUGUGUCCUUUGAGCUUCACGUGCUCUGAGUUUUAUUUAUACCUGAGGAAACAAGGGGGGUCAAUGGGACUGUAGAGCUUAUCAUUUUGGCUGGCUGAAUGAGCCAUCUGACAAAGAUGGACAAACACCUGCAAGACGGGAGAUAUACUAUGAAAUACUCUGAUUAGACUGGCUGCUGUAGACUGAGUCAAAUCAUUCUGCUGUGUUGGGAUUAGUUACUUCUGAGACACACACACAAACAUUCACACUAGUCACUGUGCUUGCAUAUGACUGGUCUCAAUAUAAAUGAGGAAAUCAAAACAAGGCUCUCUAUCAGUGAGAGCUUCCCAGGAAAAAGGAUAGUUUUAAUUUUGCGAAUGAUAGUUUCCAACACAAUCUUUAUUUAGUGUCUAAAAGUCCUAGACAAACUAGAUGGCUCUUUUCCUUCAAACCUCAGGCUGGAAUCUGGUGUGGGUGCGCCAGGGGGACACAUCAGCUGUCAGGCACACUGUAAGCAGUCCGGCUAUGGGGGUGAUCUGUGUUGCAAAUGAAUCCAUUUAUUCUGGACACCUUUCUGCCUGAAUGGAAACAAUCAGGCAGGAACUUGUUCAAUUAGUACAUGAUUGGCCUUUUGGAAGAUUUUUUAAAAACUCUUAUAAAUGAGCCAUGCUUUGGAUAAUUUAGUCUUUCUCUGGCAAGAAGGAAGUGAGAAAAAGAAAAGAGCAGCCACUCUGAGUUAGGUGCUUGAUGAGGGCUGGGCAAUUUGCAAUGUACAGUUUUGCUUAAUCUUUAAGGCAACUGUGCAGAGGUGUCAGUGUCCCCAUUUCACACAUGCCAAAGCCAGACCCAGCAGUUUGCCAAUGUGUUACCUAAACAGUGAAUGGCAAAGUUGAAUUUCAACCCAGGACAUCCUGACUCCCAAGCCCGUGUACUUUCCUUGUGUCACAGUACCACAAGCUGCAAUUUAAAACUGAUGCUAAAUAGUCCCUCUGGUCUUAGUAAAGCAAAAGCUCUAAGUGGUUGGGCUGAGGGUAGAGAUUCAGGCAUCUUUUCAGAGAAGAGUCUCCUUAACCACUGGUUCUGUUGGUUGGAGUGACUCGGGUCCUGUGUUUUCAAGGCUGCCAUUGGCUAUGAACCAGAGGUGGGUGCUCAGUUAGGCUGUGGCUGUGGUAGACACAGGGCAUGGCACCAUUUCUUGCCAUGAUGCACAUCCCAAAUGAAGUGGGGUAGAACUCUUUGAGGUUCUCUUUCUCUAUGAACAGUUCUGAGGACAGGGCUUCCUGGGUGUCCCCUCCCACCCCAACCCAGGCCACAACAGUUAGGGACUGCACAAGCAGAGCGGAAGCCAAACCGUGAUCCAGAAUGCGUCAAGUGACAUGCCACCACGUUAAGGUGAAGGAAGGAGAGCCCAGGUAUGGCUAGGGCAGGCCUGGGAGUUGGGGUGAGAAGAUGACAGAGAAAGUAGAGCUUUCUCCCAAGGAUGUCACUUCAAAGUUGAAGGAUUUCAGUAAGCUGUCCCCUCUGGCUUAUGGUGUUGCCCCUUCUUCAAAUACCCCUGAUAGAGGGAUCAAUCUUAGAAAGGUCAUUAAAAAAAGUGACAGUUCAUGUAGGUGGGACUCAAACUCAAGUCUUUGGCUGGAAAUACUGUGGCUCUUUCCUACACCUGGGAAAUAUGAUGGUAUUUAUAGGCAGAUACAGAUUCUGAGGUGGUCUGCCUUGAAUUUGGCAUGACCAUCGUGAAUACGGAGAGAGCUCUUCAACUGUUACACUUGAGCCCAUUCCCCAGAGGAGAGGCUAACGCUCCCAAGAGGCUUAAGAAGCAACCUCACAUUUCUUUUUCCAUUCCCUCCCUACUCAGGGUUAUCUAUAGUUAAUUCCUCCAGUUGUGAGUCAGAGGGCUGAUGGGCGGCUCAGGAAGUCUGAAAAGAAUGCCCAUAAUAGGUUCAAUUUUUGUAUGAAAAUCAGUAAUAAUGCUUGUGCAGAAGUAAUCUUCAUGCCUCUACUUCCCUAGGGUCCUUGUCUCCAAUCAGACAUGUUCACCCUGCUUGAGCUCCUGCCUGGUGAGUGGUGCCAUUGAUGUAUAUGGCUGGCACAUUGACACCACACACCUGCUGUGGAGAGCACGUGCCUAGUUCUACUUUCUACCUAGUACAAAGAAAGUCUCUUUUUAUCUGGCAACGCUGGGUAAAAGAAAAGGGCUACUUAUGUCAUUUUUAUUGCAUUCAAAUGAUGUACCUGGCACUGGUCUAGAUGCUGGUGCUAUAAAGUUAAAUAAGACAUGAUCCUUGUCUUAAAGAAGUUCAAAAGCUCAUUUCCAGUUAAAUUUGGGAACUUCUGCUCUUUAGGGCUAGUCUAACAGCAAAUAAGAGAUUUACUCUGGAAUACAUAUCUUGAAGGUAGGGAAGAGUUUGUGAAGAAAUAGGAAAAGAUAGAGCUUAGGUUAAAACUGAAGGAAAAAUUGAAGAUGGAUAGAAAGUUGCCCCUCACAGUGUGUAGAACAAUGGGCACAAGCAUGGAUAAGAGAGUGGCAGGUUGUGUAGAAGGGUAAGCCAGCCUGGCAUUUCUCUCUUGGCUGAAGGAGUUCCACAUUGAGGCAGAAUAUAAACAAUGAACUUGGUACUAUAGGACAAUGGUAGAAAACCCUAAAGACCAGGGAAAGGAAUUUGGAUGUAGUGAACAGACAGUGAAGAGCUGGUACAAAACCUUCUGCUGAUGCAAACACUGUAAUAUCAACAGAUUGUGACUAUCUAUGAUUUAAACAGUGCCAGAGAAAAAUACUUUUGUCAAAGUAACAUUGACCCUGAUGGGGGGGAUAAUACAACUAGAAGAUCAGUCUUUGGAAAUCCAUGGACUAAUGAAUCAAAGAGUAGCAGUAGUCACGGAGGAUACAGCCUAAUCCAAGACUAGUUCAGAGAAAACAAUGGGCUAGACCCAGUGAGUGGAUAUGGGAGAGAAGAAGGAAAGAAAACCAAAAGGAUGCUGGGAUCCCUAGAACUAAAGAGAACUUUAAGGCUUAGCUACCUGUGUGGGUGGAAUUAUGGUGUAGCUGGUUUGUCAACAAGGCUUAGAUCUUGUAAAUUGUCCAUACAAGUGAGAACAUUUUUUGGAGAUGUUAAAUACGUUGCCCAAACUGUAAAUCAAGACACACUGGGUCUCAGAAAAGAUGUACUCUUCUGAGAGUACAGGAAGACAGGGGAACAAUCUGGAAAACAUCAUUUAGAUGUUAAAACUAUUAGAAAUUUCAAGGUAUUAUAAUAGUUUUAUGGGUACACUAAGGUUAACCUGGUAGUCAGAACUUUAGGUGACUGGCAGGCUUGGUUAGAGGGCUCUUGCUCCUCUGGGUGCUUGAAAGAGCAUCUCUAGGAAUGAGAGAGGGACAGAACAGAAGAUCUGGAGACCAUAGACUGCAUGACCUGGGUGAUUAAGGAGAGGGGGAUACAAAAAGAAUCAGGACAGAGUAUGAGUGAGAAGUGACCACAGACUUGAGAAAAAAAAACAGAAGCAAACUGAGCCACCUGGUUCCAAGGAGAUGUUUUCUGCAAAGGCAACAGGGAAGUAAAAAAAAUGCUUAGAAUUGCACACAGUUUAUCAGACAGGGUGAGAGGGAGGCUACUGAUAUCCUCACAAAGCUAUUUAGGAGGAACAGGAAGCUACGAAACCAGACUGCAUGGCAGGCAUUGUGGGGGUGGAAUACCAGAGCCUAGUCAGGCCUCCAGACCCACGGGCCACGUGCUGAAUGAACACAAGACAGUCAGUCUAAAGACCUGGGCCUCAGCAGAGACCCAUUUUGAAAUCUGUCUGCCCGUGUGGCCUGAGGAUAAUCAGCUUACGGUGGGAGGAAAGAGCAUGUACUCUGGAGUCAGAUGGAUUUUGGUCUUUCCUCAGAAAGAAACCAACUGUUGAGACCCGGUCAAAGAGAUUUAAUCUCUACUUCUUCAUCUCUAAAAUGGAGCUACUUCUACUUAUCUCACACAGUGGUUUCCUUUUUUAAUUUUAUAGACUAAAAUGAGAUAAGAUGCCUAUAAAAUAUGGGGGCAGGUGCUCAGUAAAUACCAAUUUCCCUAGAACAGUGGUUGCUUAUACUGUUACUUGGAGUAUGAGGUUUCUUCGGCAACUUCUAGAAGCUGUCUCUGAAGGUGAAGAGGUUCCAGGCAGGGAGAGGGAUACUGACUGGGGGACCUCUGGUUACCCACACCUUAUGCUUACCAGAGCACUGGGAUCCCCAAAAGCUUUUGUUUAAGCAGGUGGGGGAGGAAGUAUUUACUAUUAAUAAAUUCAGCAAGGUUUCAGGGUACAAGGUUAAAUUGUACAAAAUCCAAUUUUUGUAUUCUUAUAUACCAUCAGCAGUCAAGUGGAACAUAAAAACUUUAAAACAAUUUCAUACAGUAGUACCAAAAACAAAAAUACUUAGGAAUAAAUUUAAUAAAAGAUGUCUAAUUUAAUCUCUACACCAGAAAUUACAAAACAUUACUGAAAGAAAUUGAAAAGGACUUACCGUGUUCAUGGAUAAUUGGCUCUAUUGAUCUAUAGAGCUAAUGAACUGCCACUUAAAAUUUCAUCAGGCUUUUUAGGGUAGAAUUUCACAAGUUGAUUUCUAAAAUAUAUAUGCAAAUGCAAAAGACCUGGAAUAACCAAGGUGUGUGUUUGUUAGGAACCUUUAAGAAGCAGGUGACAAGACUGCAUUAAACAUACAAGAGGUUUACAGGGGCAAAUGACUGGGAAAGAUAAAAAGGGAGGGAGCAGGAGUAAGCCUGAAAGCUUUCAGAUCCCAGUGUAGGUCUGAAAUCCAUGAAAGAAGAGAGGGAAGGGAGAAUUGUGUGGAAAGGGCUUCAGAUUACAGUGCAGCUCUGAGAGAGUUGCAGCCAGCAGCGGGGAACCCCCAAGCAAACACUGCUUGCUGGAAGAGUCCUGCCUGGACUGGAAUGGGCUACCACCAGCACCUUUAGCAUGCUUGUCAUUGUUUAGGAGCUACCCAGAGAAACAUGGGCUUUCUGUGAACACGGUGGUGAAUGCAUAGGGUGGAGCUGUCAACUAUGCUCCAGAUAGUCGUAGUAGUGGUAGUAGUAGCAGUUGUUGUUGUUUUAAGGAGAUACUUGAGCAGUGCAGCUCCAUGGCAACCUCAUUUUUUUUUUAAAAAAAGAACCAAGUUGGAGAGUUCAACGUUCAAUUUACUAACCUUGCCUUUAUAUUUCAAGAUUUAUUAUAGCUACAGCAAUCAAAAAAGUUUCAUGUUGGCAAAAAAAAACAUAUAAAUUAAUGGAACAGAACAGAAAAUUCAGAAAUACACCCACAUGUAUAUUGCCAAUUUUUAACAAAGCUACUAAGGGAAUUCAAUUUGAGGGGAAUAAAAGGGGGCCUUUUCAACAAAUGGUGCUGGAUAUAGCCAUAGAGAGACAAAAUAACCCUAUUAACCCUUACCUCAUACCACAUACAAAAUUUAACUCAAAAUGGAUCAUUGACUUACAUAUAAAACCUAAAAGGAUUACACUUCUAGAAGAAAACAGGAGGUGACCCUGGGGUAGACAAAGGUCUCUCAGAAUACAAAAAAACCAUGAGCCAUAAAAACACCUGACAAACUUGAUCAAAAAUUUAAAAGUUUUGAUCCUCAAUUGACACAAAGAAAAUAACGCAGAGCACAGACUAGGUGAAAGUAUUCAAAAUACACAUAUCAGACAAAGAACUUGAAUCCAGAAUAUAUAAAAAACAAAAAACUUAAUAAGACAACCCCAUUUUUUAAUGGGAAAAAACGAUUUGACCAGAUGCUUCAUAAAAGAUACAUCAUGGCCAGUAGGUUGAUUGAAAAAUGUUCAAAAUUAUUAGUAACAAGAAGAUGCAAAUUAAGAUCACAAUCAUAUACCACUGGAAUGGCUAAAAUUCAAAGACUGAGAAUGUGAAGCAACCAGAACUCAUAUACUACUGGUGGGAAUGCAGUGGAACUUUGAAAGAUAAUUUGGCAGUUUCUUAAAAAGUUAAACAUACACCUGCUAUACAACAAGUGAAAUAUAUGUCCACACAAAGACUUGCACACUGAUGACCAUCAUAGCCUUGCUUGAAACAGCCAAAAAAAAAAAAGAAGGAAACAAUCAAAAUGUUCCUUAAGAAGUGAGUGGAUAAACUGUGGCAUAGCUAUGCAAUUGAGUGCUACUCGGCAAUAUUAAGGAACAAACUAUUGAUAUGAACAAGAAGAAUAAAUCUCAAAAUCAAUAUUCUAAGUAAAAGAAGCCAGACAAAAAGAAUACAGACUGUUUGAUUAUAAUGACAAUAGAACUGCAGAAAGCACAAACUGAUCAAUAAUGACAGUAGUUAUCUGGGGAUGGGGGUGGAGGAAGGAUGGAUGACAAGCGGGUGAUGGAAAUUAAAUGCCAUCUUGAUUUUGGUAAUGGCUUCACAAGUGCAAGUCUGUAUGUUAGAGCUCAUAAGAUAGUAUACUUUAAAUAUUUGAGAUGUAUUGCAUGUUACUUAUGCUUUGGCGAAGUCCUUCAAAUGGGAAGGGGGAAGGUGGGGUCUGAUGGAAGGAAACCAACGACACCUCGACAGUAAACAGAUUUGACACGUGCUCUGGAAGAAACCUAGGGGGAACUGAUGUGGUACUUUGCUUUCAUAUUUAUCUACUAAGUAUCUGCGUCUUCUCCAGGUUGGGGAGGGGCGAAGGCGGAGCAAUGCCUAGUGCCAGCCAGUUGUGGCAUUCAGGCUCCUUCGAGUGCUCUCGCCUGCUCAGCGGCAGUGGGCACAGGGAGGACCCUUCCCCCGGGCCUAGGGAGCAGGCAGGGCUGGUUUCAACCAAUAGCGAUCCCCCAUAGGGUCCCACACUCAGCGGGGUGGCAUUUGGAGUUUAAUGCUCUGCAGUUACCAUGUGAAAUUCUUCAUUUUUUCUUUGAAUCUGAGUUUUUGUAUGUGAAGUGCAAUGAGACAGUGGAUGCUCGACAGCUUGUACUCUUGUCUCACUCCGGUCACGUCUCCUGCGUCUUCCAGGGACCGGUUCUGAGCCCCCACCUGGUGAACACGGCUGCUCUUCGCCCUGGGCAGUGGCCAGGCACCGACAUGGAGCGGCGCAGGCCUGGGCGCACAGCCAGGGGGCCGACCGUGCUGCAGCGCCUGGUUGCGGCCUUUGCCAGGUCGGCCUUUGCCUCGCCAGCAUCCCCGUGCCCAAGGGAGUGCAGCAUUGACUAGCAAAUAAAACCGGCCAACACAGGUGGACAGAAAGACCACGGAAAAAGAGAAAGGCUUUUUUUCUACUUUUUGCACAAGGGGCCCCGCGUUUUCAUUUUGCACUAGGCCAUGCAGAUUCCGUGGGCGGCACCAACCACCGGUGGCCGGCUAGAGACAGCUCGCGGCCCUUCUGCCUCGCCUAGUGCCUGGGCUGCUCCAGCUGUGAAUGGACACAAGCAGAGGAGCUGGUUUUGCUCCUGAAAGCGUCCAACAAAAAUGUGUCUCGAUUCGCCCUGCUUGGGAGUGACAAAGACCCAAUCUUUGUCAUGAAAAGCCCGGACGGAGGGCAGCCUUGCUCCCCAGAGCAGGGAAUGUGUCUGGGUAGAAGCAGGGAAAGUUCCUGCCCGCCUCAGAUUUUCUUCUGGAUGCAGACCGCCCUGUUCUUUGACUUCCUCUCCAGUGUGGAAUAAGGCUGAGGGUCUCAAUUUGGUGAGAAAAGUAACCAUGACAACAGCCACAUCGUGGAGAGCAUAGUAAAAUGUAUAAAUCUCACUGGCAAUGCCUUCCCUUCCAGAAUGGAAACUCCUAGUCAGACAAUGACCCAAUGGCACCUAAAGAGCGAAAGACCAGACGUGGGAAAACUUCCCGUGCCUUUCUCUGGGGCUUUCCACAGAUGAAGGGACCACUGUGAUUUGUCAGUUCUUUGCCUCCAGCUUUCUACACACAGUCCAGGGCUGCUUUCGAGAGCUUAUACUAAAAGGGCAAGAGCAGAGAUGAGCUGUUUUUAGGAAACAUGUCCUACACAUGGAGUAAACUCACGGAAUUGCAAAAUAAAAAUAAACUUGGAAAGUUCCAAUAGAAGUGUUUAGGGCCUGAUAGAAUUUGUGCAUGAAUCCUUGACUCCGAGGGCUGAAGGCCUGGCAAAAGCUUGUCCACCUUCGUCUGGAUGAGGAGGGGGGUGCUUCUUCUUCUGCCAUGCAGAUGGAAGCUUUCCACUCAGUUCUUCUAUAGUCAGGAUGAAGCAAUAGCAUCUUCAGAGGCACUGGCUAGAAAGAGAGACAGGUAGCCUGGGCUUCCAAACUCUGUCACUAAUUAGCUGUGAGACUUGGGUACACAGUUUAACCUCUUAAGAUGUUCUGUCUAGUGUUUGCUCUGCUUUGUCCAUAGAAAUGCAGGUGCCUUGUAUAAGUAUGCAGACAGCAUACACCGGUGGUGUGUAGGCACAUCCUCAUGUAUUCACUUCUCUUUGCUGCUCUCCCAGCCUGGCAGAGAAGGGUUGGUUGGAUCUGGAAACUUUUUGUGAGGUGAGAUCAGUGUCUUUCCUCAGCUGGCUCUGGGCUACACAGCUGGGGAGACUUUGGGAGAGAACAGAAGCUUCUUUUACCUUUGCGCAAAAGAAGCCAGCCAUCUCCCUGAAGUUUGCCAGAAACUAGAUUUGCUAUAUUUCUGGGGCUAUCACUAGAUUUAUCAAGACCAGGAAUAUCCUCCAGCCUGUAGCCUGACUGGCUCAGCAGGCAUCCAGGGAUCUGAAUGAAGCUCAAACAGCUAAAAAGGGCAGGCAGGUAACAAUCAGAGUAUAAUAAACCAUCCAGGAAUGGUUGGCACUGUGGAAAAAGGGCAGUCCUGGCUUGGGACAAAUGGGCGUUGCUAUGAGGUAAUGUGAUUCCUCUGGAGCCAGAUCUGAUUUUUUUCCUAAAAGAGGCCUGCAACCUGGACUUAAAAAAUUUAAGAUAGCCAAAGUUUUACAUAAAGACAGUGAAAGCAAAUGUAAAAGUCAGUAUAAGCAAAAAGAAGACAGGUGAGCAGGUUGAGUGGGUUAAUGACAGAAAAUGCAGUUGGGACUGGGACAUCUGAGGGUGAUGUGCUUUUCCCCGGGUUCCCACAGAGAGCCCUGACCUGAGCAACUCGCCUCCCUCAGCCUCUCUUCCUCCCUCCAGUGCAAGGAGACUUUCUAUCCCUAUCCCCAGCUUUUUUUUUUUUAAAGACACUAUUGUGGCCAAACCUUGCCUAACCUUUAUAGGACCUGGAUUCUGAAACUCAAAAUAUUUUUUUUCCAUCUGCUUUCUGCUUCCCUGAGGCAAUGAAAAAUGCUCAGCUGACUUAAUGUGGGGAGGAAAUAAAGGGUAACCAGAUCAACAUCUCAGAGGGAAGAGAGGACAUAGAAUGCUGUCUGACCUGCCCACAGCCCAGGGGGGGGAUCCAGGAUGGGAGGCUAUACUAGGUGGAGAACACCACACACAUAGCCUUGGAGGCCCAAAUGGGGAAGUGUGCUUGGGAAGUUAGGCCCCGUUUUAUAGAGCUGGGCGGAGCGCAGGGCAAGUGGCAGGGGAUGAAACUGGAAAGAUGGAUGAAAUAGGAUUUGUGUAACAUAAAAAAGUAUAAUUGGCUUGAAUGUCUGAUUACUUACGUGUUAUUUUUGUAAAGUUGGUGACACAAUCCUACAUUGGUUUUGUAUAAUUUAUCAUCUGAAGUGACAUACAUUAAUGAACUCAACCAGAGUCUCAGAAACCAUGACCUGGAAACCACAGCUAUCCUAAUUUGCGGGUGGCCUUGAUCUCUAUGAAGUAUUCAAACUUAUACUAAUUGGACUCAUUUGAGGCUAUCAAGUAACUCCAGACUUCACUGAGAGGUGUACUACAUCUGUCGCCAAGGGACUGCUCCUACUUUCUGCCUGUACCACACCCAGCCCCUGUUUCCUGUCUCCCUAGCUCCAUCCAACUGUUCCCGUUCCCUGGUGAUCCUUCCCACUCUAUCUCCUCACUGUAUUGGGGCUGGCCCCUGAAGACUGCAUUUUUCCUGCUGCCCUGCAUUUUCAAUAAUAAAUUCUCCAGUUUCAGUGCUGAGAGCUGGUGUUGGUGUCUUCCAGGCAGGCACCUCACUGCUGUCCCUUGACAGUUACUCUUUCUUUCUAAAAGACUGAAAUUCUCCUGUAAGAUUCCCACCAUCCACCAAUUCACCCCGUCUCCCCUACUAAUCAAAGACUUUGGUGUCCUUCUCGGGGUCUUACCCACCCCCUCCAACCCCUGCCAUCAUUCUAAGUAACUGAAUGUCCUUGUGGCUUAUCCAACCAAUGCCCUAACUGCCCAGUUCCAUGAUGACCGCACCUUUAGUGCUUUUCUUUGCCCUUUCACCUCAGCACACACUCACAUGGCCACAGUGGUGACCUUGUCAUCAGAAACUGUUCCUCUGAAAUCUCAUUCUCUCACCACCAACCUCCAGCUACCUUGCUCAAGUCCCCUGACUACAGCAGUUCUCCAGCCUCAAUGAGAUUUCCAAGCCAAUGGUCCCUCCACUUUUCCUAUGUCCAUAAAUCUCCUAUCUUCAUAUUCUUUUGUAUUUAGCUCAGAGGCCCUGGUUCUUCCUACAGUGUCCUCAAAAUACCACUAAAUCCUUUGUUCACUUCUCAGUUGUUCCCGGACCUACUCAUGCCUGUUGCCUGAACAGAUCAGAAUUACUGGAGAAUGAGACACAACUGGGCAUUUUGGCAUGGCUCAAACUUCAUGCUCUCCAAACUCAGCUGGGACCUCCACACUACCUAGCAGGUUUACCAUGCUUUUCUAGAAGCUCCCUCCAUGUUCACAAUCACAAUUUCAUUUCUUCCUCUCAGAGUUGGAAUGCUUGCAACCCCCUUCUUCCCGAAGAAGCCGCCUGGAAAGGAGAAUGGGUCCAUUGCAUUUGCUCCUGUCCUCUCCUUUCAUCACCACCUCCAGUCAAGAACAGUCCCUCACAGGUGCCUGGAUCCCAUCCCUUCUUCCCUGGUCAGGGUUCUUGUUCCAUCAUCUAUACCUUCUCUUUCCAAAUCUUCAACCUCUUCCUUACCACUGAAUUCUUCUCUUCAGCACUCAAAUAUAUAUGAGCAUCCACCAUCACAAACAAAAUCAAGCAAGUGAAAACUUCCCUAACUCCACGUCUCUGUCAAGCUAUCACUCAUUCUGUCUAUUCUCCUUGCACAGCCAUGCUUUUUGACCAUCAUACAUAGGCACUGGCUCUACUUUAUCUCCUCCUCUCCUUUCUAUUCUGGCUUCCUGCUUCACCACAUUUGCAGAAACUGUCUUGCUGUGGUCACCAGUCGUUCUCUUGCUUUAUCCAAUGUCCAUGUUCUGACUUGACCGCUCAGCAGCACUUCAUACAGUUAACUAGAUGUUCCUUCUUGAAACACUCUCUCCUCUUGGCUUCAGUAAUAAAAUAGAUUUUUGUUUGUUUUAUUUAUACCUUCUGACUGUUCUUUCUGAGGAUUUUUUUUGCCUGUUCCUCUCCUAUCAAAUUCUAAAUUCUUGAGUUCUUUGGGAGCUCAUCUCACAACAUAUUCUCUCCGGCAAUUUCAGCUUAUCUCAAGAUCUUAAAUACCAUCUCUACAGUGGCCAAAGUUAGGUCCCUAGUUUAAUCUUUCCUGAAAUCUUAACUUUUCCAUCACAGAACUGAAAUUAAGUACUUAUUUGGGUGACUAUCUGUAUUUUGCCUGUCUCCCUUCCUGGACUAUAAGCUCCAGGAGUGCAAGCAAUGUCUUUUUUAUUCACCAUUUUCAUAAUCCAUUUUGUCAGCUUCAACACCAACUUCUACCCAAUGGGUUCAUGCUCUGCCCGCUGCAGGCCAAAGCAAGUAGCAUUAAGUUUUCUAAGAGCUAGGACAUAUCACUGCAGCCUUUGUCCGAAUUUAAGUGUGCAGCGACAUUUUCUUUAUUGUAGAACAGGUAAUCAAGUAGUUUCUUUUGCCAGAAAUGGGGAAACCCUAUAUUAAUAAUAGUAUAAAAUCCCUAGCAUCGGAGGGGUAAGGAGUUUUCAGGUCUGUGAGUCCAGGAGUGACAUGGCAAACUCUAUAGAUUUUGGAAGGCUAACUGUCAGCAAUAAGGAGGAAGAAUUGGUAGGAGGAGAAAAUAGGGGCAGGGUGAUUUGUGGUGAUUCUGUUUUAGGAGGCGGCUGACAAAAGUCUUUACUCACAGAUGGCAUUGUGAAUAGAGAGGAAAGGGGAGAGGACAGACUUUUGGAGAUGAAAUAACAAUUGAUUGGGGGUGAGAUGGUAGGCCGUGAGAGGUGGCCCAGAACCUGAAGACUCUUUAUUGCUUCACCCUUCAUCCUCUCCAGUGGGCCCUUGCAUGCAUGCUGUUCUCACUCCCGGGGAGAACCUGCCCCACACUUCUCUCCUUAGAAUCUUAUUCCUCCACCAUGACCUCUAUGAAACUCUUCUUGACUACCCCAGGGAAAGUUUCCUUCCUCUUAACCCCCAGAGCACUUUGUUCAAAUGGUCAAUUUUAUUGCCAGUUGUAUGCAACACAAGUGCGCAUGCAGUUGGCUAUAUCAAGGCAUUGUGCCAUCUGUAAUGAAAUGGCUAAAAAACCCCAUGCAUUGAAGGAACACACUUGUUUUCUUUAUUUCCUUGACUUGUAAUUAGUAUUAAUUGACCAAAAGCAUUAUCUUACUCUUUUUGCUUUUUUACAAAGUUGUGGUAGGUCAUAUUAAUAAUACCCAUUACUCAUUUCUCUGAUAAGAUUAUAGAAGUCUAAGGUCUUGGAUGAUCUUGGCCUGUUCCUUCCUCUGAUUUUGAAGGAAGCAAUUUCUUAACUUUGGGACAGCCUGAGAUACCACCUCUGACUUCUAAAUGACUCAAUAUCCUGAAAACUCAUGAUAAUCUCACUCCAGCUUAGCUAGUUUCCAUUAACCUCCGUCCAAGCUAUCUGUGUGGCCCUGGUUUAUCCUUUUAAGAGAAACCAAAUGUUUUUCGUCACAGUGGAUGCAUAUGACAGCAUGGUUUACCACAGAUAUGCUGUGGGUUAGUUUCUAUGGGCUUUCUCUGACUUCAUAUGUAAUGCUUUUCCAAAAAUUUCCCAACAUCACCAAGGCCUUAGCAACCCUUUAGGACCAGGAUUUCUGGGAAAACACUCAAAAUACAUCUGACUCUAUGUCGUGUAUCAUCACUCAGAGCAUGCCACCAUCUAGUUCCAGCAAAAUCCUAGUGAUUUCACCAGACGGGAAGGAUUGCCUCACUGCGAGACAGUUGCUGAUUCCCAUUGCCUUUCACUGUUCUACUUUGAUAAUUUGCAUAUGCCUUUCCUGUGGCGUUUAUCACAUAAAACUUUGCUAUUUUCAUCUGUAUUCAUGUCUUUCUCUCUAGCUGUAUCAUUAAAGGCAAAAACAAUAUUCUUUCAGUGUCCUUCCUACCUGUUCUCCGCCCUGCAACACUGGAAUCCUAACACCAUGCAUUGCACUUAUUUGGAGUUCAGGAUUCUAGGAAAGUUAGUAAAUGGAUGAAUCAUAAAUGUAAUUUGAGUCAGUUUUUUCACAAAAUGUGUCACCUAUCUUUGUCUCUUCUCUGUCCACUCAUACUGGCUCCCUGUGGCUUCUCCCCAUCUGUGUAUUUCUCUCCACCUCUAAAGAAUGUCAGUCUGCUGCAGCCCUGGCAUCUGUGCUAUCACCCCUCUUUGGACUCAUUGUUAAAGAUGUCGAGAAAGGUUAGUUCCAAGGUUUAGCCUUUGCAUUUGGAGAACUGUCUAACCAUUACUCAGUAAUUGGGGGGCAAACAAAAUUUGAAUUCCUUUGAAUUACUUUAACUUGGCUUUUGUAGAGACAAGGGACCUUUCUCUGUCUCCCAUGUCAUAAGUAACUUUAAUGAGAAAUGGUGAAAAUAUCAAUUAGGGCAAGCCCACCUGCACUGGGGCUACCCUCCCUUCAACUCACCAUAACCUGCUGGGUAAAAACCAUGUGGGAAUUGACUGCUCAGCUGUUCUAGAGACCCUUAGGACAAAUUGUGUUUUCCCCCCAAUUACUGAAUAAUGCUUACAUAAUUUGGAAAGAGGGAGAUUUCCUACUUUUUGUAAGAACAUUGCCUUCCUCACCAUCAGGGCCUUUGAACGCAUUGUCCUCUCUCCCUGGAAUAAGUCACCACCUCUUUGCCAUUUCUUCUCCUGGCAAACACCCACUCAUCCUUAAGACUCAGCUUAAGGGAGCACAUGACCCUGUUUGAGGUUCUGGAAGGUUUUCUGUUACGUACUCCUAUAGGACCCCACAGCUCCCUUUGAUCCAUCUCGUUUCAUUUUUCCUGUUAGCCAACUGACUAACUGGAAAUUUCAGCCACAAAUGAGCACAUAUUAAGUAGUCACUGUGCAUUUGAGGAAUGUCAGCACCUUGAAAGGAAGUUGCAAGUUGUAAAUGGAGUUUUUACGGGAGGAAGCUUGCUGAUCCAUCAAAAUAGGACUCAAGAAUAUAUUGUUAGCAUCAGAGAUACAAGCAGAUAUUGCAUCAAUCAACAAAUAAACAGAUAAUGGGCAUUAAUAUUUUGAUUUUUGAAAUAAAAAUGUGAAUGGAUGGCCUGAUAGGACAAACAGAUGACAAACUGGAUUGGAAGAGUCAACCAAGGAAUUAUCCCAGAAUGCAGCACAAAGAGAAAAGAGAUGAAAAAUCUGAGGAAGCAGACAAGAAAUAUGAAGGGUGAAUCCAUGAGACUGAAUGUUUGUCUAACUGAUAUUCUAAGAAGCAAAAAUGGUGAGAAUGGAGGUGGGGAGUGGGGCAAUAGUCAAAUAUUUAAGCAAGAACUAAAGACUGAAGUCUCAAAACUAAAAAGUCAUAUACAGAUACUCACUGGGCCAAUCCUUCAAUCAAUCACUGAAGAUAGACUUAAUUUGGAAAGCAGUUAAAGGUCAUUUGCAACCAAGUGUCAUUUGCAAUGAAGAUGAAAAAUUUAAAAAUUUGUUGCAAGGAUCAUAAUAGACUUCUGAAGAUGCCUGCCUCUCCUAUCAGCACUCGCAGACAGUUUAGCUAGUUGAGUUUGCUGUGUCUUUCUCAAAACUUCCUCUAGUUUCCUUGUAUCACCAAAUGGGAGGUCAUGGGCAAAUUAGAAAACAGGGGUCAACUAAGAGAGCACUGCCUCUCCUGUAUCCUCCCUUAUCAACUGCCUUUCUACUUAUGGUUCCACCACAGACAUUACUGCUUCCCAACACAAAUCCAGCUUCUUCAUUCUUAUUAUCCCCCAAAUGCUUUAUGCAAUCCUACCUCCAGCAUUGCAAAGACCUCUCCUCUACUUGCCAUGAAAAUCUAAACCACAUUCCAAGGCCCAGGACAAGUGCCAUCAUUCACAUGAAGCCUUCUUUGGUCUGUAUGCUAAUAUCUCUUUGUACUUGUCAACAGUACCAAGCUUCUUAGUUUUUCUCUCCCAGUAGACUACAGGCUUCCCUAGAGCUGAGAGAGUGCCAAACCUUUUCUUAAUGAUCAUUAGGAACUGCUCCAGGUACAUGUUAACAUGAAAAUAUCCCAGGAGGGAGAACAAGUUGGAUUAGCCCCUGGAUAUGAAUUGUGUUGAUGAGGUAAUUUCCUCUGUCGGGGUAGAGGAUAGUGGGUGGAUAGAAAAUGUGGGGAAAUGACACAGAAAAGGAAGUAUGGGUGGGAAGGGGCACUGGAGGCAAAUGUCAACAAUCCCACAAGUGUGUUCAGUGACCUGACGGGUUCACAUGAUCCCUAACAUAGCUGUGACAACAGGGAUGUAUUGGAACUAAAAGACUUCCCCACUCCCCAGCCUGCUCCACGUUCUCAAGACAGAUACCGUGACCUGUCCAAAAGCAUACAGGUCUUUAGGGACCCCUGAGGGCAAACUCCAGUCCAUACUAUUUCUUCCAGCUAGUCCUAGGACUGUCCAUUAUUACCUCUGCUCUUACUGGAGACUCAAUCUUAAUAAGUUGAUUGAAGUUUUACCAUAUGCUAGAAACCUGACAAGGCCUUAACAGGCUUUAUCUCAUUUCUUCCUCCUAGUAACCACCAUUAUUUCCCCCAUUUUUUCUAAUGAAGAACUUGAGGCAGAGAUCUAGCAGUGGACAUAGUGACAGCGGGUCCCUCUGGACCCAGGAAAGUGAAUGGUGUGGGGAGGAAUGCAGAAGCAGCUGAGUUUCCCUCUGCCAAUUUGUUUCUCAUUCUCUCUACCUGCUACACCCUUCCUCAACUUGGUAUCUUGCAGAAUAAUGGGUCUUCUUCAAGGCCUGCUUAUAAAACCAUAUGUGACCUUCCUAGGGUAGUCACUUUUUCCUCUCUCUUCAUAGCUGUUUAUGCCUCUGGAUGAACACUUGUGCAAUCUGACUUAUGAUGAUAUGGGUGGCUCUAUCUUGCCCAGAUUAACUCCGUAAGAGCAACAACCUCAUUUCCCUAUAUUCCUAGAGCCUAGAACAGUGGCUAGGAUACUGCAAAUUUACUCAGUGUUGGGGGUGAAGAGAGGGCCCUCCACAUGCAUGCCCUCCAAGCACUGGAACCCUCCUUGGCAGAAGCCUGGAAAUCCCAUGAGCCCUGAUGCUCCUGCAGGGCUACAGUGUGGCCAUGGACACUGUCAGUCUGAGGGGCAACAGAUGGGAUAUCAACAUACCAAAUGUGCCCCUCACUCUCUCCUUAAACCUUUCUCAUUUGUUCUAUGGACCGAAGAAUGUAACACCCCAUGAUGAACUGUAAUUUGGGGUCCAGUUAAAAUGGAAAAUCUUCAAGAGAAAUUGUAUUCACUUAUAACCUGGAAACAACUUUCUACUGGUCAGUGAAGGCAGUUUUAAUCUAGAAAGAGCCUCUGGGACACUGGACACCUGAGGCAGAAGGUUGAGAAAAGAACUAGACCCAGGAAUUGUUAAUUUGAGGUCUGUGGAUGGGCCUUAGGGGGUCCAGGAUCCCAGAAUUAUACUAAAAGCUUUGCAUGUUGAUUCCCGAGUCUGUUUCUCUGGAGUGAGAUUCCAGCACUUUCACUGGAUUCCCAGAAUGGGUCUGGGACUCUAAAGAAAAUGAGAAAAGAUAGAGAAGGUGGCGAUAAUGGGCCACGUGCACCCCAGCUUCCCUGAUGUCUCAGUAUAUCUCUUCAUACCUGGACCUACAGGUACCACUGGCUGGCCUAAGACAAUGUGGAAGAAAAGAACUAAGGAAGGCGGCAGGGCAAAGGCAUGGGAAAGGGCUGGGGAAGGGCAGCUAAGACAAAGGGUAAGAAUGCUGGGCAGCAGAUACAGAGAUAAGAGGGGCCCUGUGGCUCAACCCCCUUGUUUUACAGAUAAGGAAAUGGACGUCCAGAGAGGCUAGGUGGCCCCAGCACUCUGGGGUCAGCCAGGGGCUUCCUUGCCAGAGAGUGUCCCUGCUCUAGGACAUCUCUACGGCCUCACAGUCUGUUCAUUAAACAAUAGAUAAGCUCUCAAGGAAAGGCCAGCAGUGGUGCUGCUAUCUGACUAUUUGGGUGGUAGCUAUGGGCCACUGCAUUGCUGGGACUUGGCAUCUGGAAUCAUUGCUUAGAUGUGAAGAAGGCAAACAUUCCUCUGAGGAUAUGUGAAUGCAUCGUUCUUUGAUGACCCCAGGUCUAAAAGGCUUAAGAUGCUAACCAUUAGUUCAUUCAUUUCACAUUUACUAAGCACUUACUGCAUGUGAGGCAGUUGUGGCUAGAGAGAGGAGCAAGGUGGGGGUCCUCACUCUCGAGGAACUUAUGCUGUGGGAAUACUGAAAGACAUCCCCUGUUUCUGCUGUUACAAGAACUUAUCGUAAGUUCUUGAUAAGUUGAGUGGAAGGAUUAGAUGAGUGGAAGGAAGCAAGGCCACUUGGGACCACAGUGUGAUAAAUCUUGGACACCAAGACUGAGGGAUGGCUCUGGAUUCUGCCACAGAAAGAGGUUCAGGGGCCUCUGGCUGGCAGCAUCUGUACUGCCCUAAAGAUCGUGUAUCCACCUGGGGACCUUCUGUCUUUGCUACCAGAGACAAGGAAUCCCACAACUCCAUGUGCCACAGAGACCUUACAGCUGGAGAAAUGAUGGACACCACCACUGAUGUUUGGCUCCAGAGGUUUCCCUUUUGCUUUCACCUGAGAGUCCUAAGGUGGCUUUAGUGUACUCCCUCAGCCAAGGUGCAGCAGGCCUGGGAAGGAAGCAGGUCUCUGGGACUUACACACAGCUCAUCUGACCCCAAAGCCUGCUCUCAUGAUGUUGUAACUUCGGCCUUUUCCCUCUUCGGGUUAAAAGCCCAAUUUUGGCUGGAAAAUUCCAACACUUUCUGGAGCCAGGUAACCUGUUAGGUCAUAUAAAAUUGAGUUGAAAGUGAAGUGGUGGGAAACUUCUUAGAAAAAUGACUGCUGUUGUUGGACAAUCCCUGACUGGCCCUUUCUGCCUCCUCCACAACUUGAAGCCAGACUUCUCAUGAGAAAAACUAUGGUUUGGGUGUCAGGCAACCCCAAUGCAAUAAGGAUCUGGGGGAUCAACCCCCAUUCAAUAGGCCGGUGGUGGGCCUCUGCUCCCCAAAUACUGCCCUCCACUUUAUCCCAUGGCCUGAUGCCUUUAAUGAUCAAGAAGUCUUUUAAGACAGUCAUUUCUCACUGUGUUUCAAAAAAACUUCUGUGGGAGACUCUACCAGAUGCAGCCCUCUGAGAAGACAAUGGAUUAGGUAUCUGAGGAACCAGAGGCAACAUCAGACAAGCAAAGAUGCAAGCUGAGUUAAGGGCGCCCUGGAAAUAUGCCCAAGUCCCAGGCUUGCUGGUGGUUAGCCAAUAAGUCGUGAAAAAAGGAAUGAUUCCACGAACCCACAUGGAGCACCUCCUGGGGCAAGUGUUGUGCUAGAAGUCAUGGGACCUCAGAGAUAAGUGAGAAAGCUGCAGUCCUGUCUGAAGGAUGACCAAGAGCUUUGGGUCUGCACACACAUGUGAAAUAUGGGGUUUAGCAGCAGGUACCUUUCAUACACCGUCAAUAGUCUUCCCUAUGUGGGUAGAACCCUAGGAGCUGAGGUCUCAUAUUGGUGCUCUCAGAACUUUUUGCUCAUUCCACACAAAUGGUCAGUCAGAGACUAUAGCAGAGAUGGAAACUACUGGUGGAAAAGGAAUUUGCCCUGAAGGCAGUCCAGGCCAACCACACAAUGUGUAUCUAUCUGCAUUCUUCUUGUUGGUUUGUAUCACUCCUGCUCCAGAACAGGAAUUUUCCAGGGAAUCACUUGGAAGCUUGCAAGGGAGAACAACUGGAACCUCAAGUGUCAUGACUCCAGUGCCAGGGGAUGGAAAUCAUAUCACUGAAUAUGCACAUGGGUGAACCUUCCCUGCUUUUAAGUGACCACUGACAAGUGACCUUCCCUGAAUCUUAUCACUCUAAAUUGCCUUCUCUGAGCUAAAGGAACACAAGAUGGUCUUGGAAAUGCUGAACCCGAUGCAUUAUAACAUCACCAGCAUGGUGCCUGAAGCCAUGCCUGCUGCCACCAUGCCAAUCCUGCUGCUCACUGGCCUUUUUCUCCUGGUGUGGAAUUAUGAGGGCACAUCCUCAAUACCAGGUCCCGGCUACUGCAUGGGAAUUGGACCCCUCAUCUCCCACGGCAGAUUCCUGUGGAUGGGGAUCGGCAAUGCCUGCAACUACUACAACCGGAUGUAUGGAGAAUUCAUGAGAGUCUGGAUCUCUGGAGAGGAAACACUCAUUAUCAGCAAGUCCUCAAGUAUGUUCCAUGUAAUGAAGCACAAUCAUUAUAGCUCUCGAUUCGGCAGCAAACUUGGGCUGCAGUGCAUUGGUAUGCAUGAGAAAGGCAUCAUAUUUAACAACAAUCCAGAUCUCUGGAAAACAACUCGGCCCCUCUUUAUGAAAGCUCUGUCAGGCCCUGGUCUUGUUCGCAUGGUCACAGUCUGUGCUGAAUCCCUCAACACGCAUCUGGACAGGUUGGAGGAGGUGACCAAUGAGUCAGGCUUCAUCGACGUGUUGACCCUCCUGCGGUGCGUCAUGCUGGACACCUCUAACAUGCUCUUCUUGAGGAUCCCUUUGGACGAAAAUGCCAUCGUGUUUAAAAUCCAAGGUUAUUUUGAUGCAUGGCAAGCUCUCCUCAUCAAACCAGACAUCUUCUUUAAGAUUUCUUGGCUAUACAAAAAGUAUGAGAAGUCUGUCAAGGAUUUGAAAGAUGCCAUAGAAGUUCUGAUGGCAGAAAAAAGACGCAGGAUUUCCGCAGAAGAGAAACUGGAAGAACAUAUAGACUUUGCCACUGAGUUGAUUUUAGCCGAGAAACGUGGUGACCUGACAAGAGAGAACGUGAACCAGUGCAUGUUGGAAAUGCUGAUUGCAGCUCCUGACACCAUGUCUGUCUCUCUGUUCUUCAUGCUAUUCCUGAUUGCAAAGCACCCUAAUGUGGAAGAGGCAAUAAUGAAGGAAAUCCAGACUGUUGUUGGUGAGAGAGACGUAAAGAUUGAUGAUAUACAAAAAUUAAAAGUGGUGGAAAACUUCAUUUAUGAGAGCAUGCGGUACCAGCCUGUUGUGGACUUGGUCAUGCGCAAAGCCUUAGAAGAUGAUGUGAUCGAUGGCUACCCAGUGAAAAAGGGGACGAACAUUAUCCUGAAUAUUGGAAGGAUGCACAGACUCGAGUUUUUCCCCAAACCCAAUGAAUUUACUCUUGAAAAUUUUGCAAAGAAUGUUCCUUACAGGUACUUUCAGCCAUUUGGUUUUGGGCCCCGUAGCUGUGCAGGAAAGUACAUCGCCAUGGUGAUGAUGAAAUCCAUUCUCGUUACGCUUCUGAGAAGAUUCCACGUGAAGACAUUGGGGGGAGAGUGCGUUGAGAGCCUACAGAAGACAAACGACUUGGCCUUGCACCCAGAUCACACUAAAAGCAUGCUGGAAAUGAUUUUUACCCCAAGAAACUCAGGCUGGUGCCUGGAACACUAAAGAAGGCUGGUCAGUACCUACUCUGAAGCAUUUCUCAUCAGUAGUUCACAUACAAAUCAUCCAUCCUUGCCAAUAGUGUCACCCUCACUGUGAAAACUCAGUGGCCCAUGGCAUUUUAUAGGCAUACCUCCUGUGGUUUUUCAGCAAGCUGGGUGCUAUUGGUCAUCUGCUCCUAUUCCCAUCAGAGAACCAGGUUACAGGAGAAAAGGCAGAGGCCAAGAGUUUGAGGGAGAAAUAGUCAGUGAAGAAAUGGUAUCCUUAAAGGCCCGAUUUCACCAAAAGUGCUUUGAGAAGGAUGGGCCUUCAUUAGCAAAAUGUCUGAUUCCCCACUGGAGCUCUACUGCCUCACCCCAAGGGCAUUUUUGUGUCCAGGGCAGAAACACUCAAGUUGAUUAGAAAGACCAGGCCAAUGUCAGGGUACCUGGGGUCAAACACACAUGCUAUUGUGAAUUAAAGUACUUUAAUUUUGUUUUCUGUGGGAGUGGGACAGCAACAUUCGUAGUCUUUGAAGAAAUGCUUACAAACUCAGCAUUUAACCCUUCCUGUGAUUAAGCCCAAUUAACUCCUGUCUGUGCACAGAUGAUCUGUCUGUGGCAAAAGUUAAAUCAGAGGAAAUUAUUUCCUAGUCUGUCAAUUUAUGCCUCAGCCACUUGCCUGUGCUCCAAUUCAUUGUAUUACCUGUAGAUUCAGGUAAUACAAGCUAAUUUAGUAAUAGCCUAGGUUAAGUAUAAUUAGGACCCUGUGUCUGCUGUUGAAAAAAAAAUCACAUGAUAUACUUCAAAUUCAAAUAAAAACGCUUUUGGCAUUUUCCAUUGUUGCUAACUCUAUUAGUGUGGCUAACCAAGCUAUCACUGUAAAUAUGGCAUUGAUUUGCUCUUACCACAGCUUCAGGGAUUGGGAGAGGAAAAGUCCUCCACAUCUGUAUCUAAUUCUACAACCCAGUGGGCUCAAACUUCUAAGGAGUGCUCCUCUCCUCCCCUUAUCCUUCUCCCUUGAAAUUUUCUCCCUCUCUUUCUUCCCUUGACCCCAAAAGCCAAGGGCAACAGAUCCAUAGAGAACAUGGUCAGAGUAGAAUCCCUGCAGUAUUUUUUAAUCCUACCUCAACUGUAACUGUUACCUGAGAGAUUUAACAUUAUCUAGUUCAUUGAAUCAUUAUAAUUGUAUGUGGUCAUGGAUAAAAUGCACACCUUGGAAUUAGCUUUCUAAAGGAAAUCAGAUGAAUGGAUUAACUUUCCAAACACCGCUUCACUUGUGUUAUAUAGCCAAUAUGACUAUCUCUACUGAAUGUCAUUGAAAAACUGAAAAAUUAAACUUAUUUACAAAUAGGUAAA